CUAACCUCGUGCGCGGUUCCCAGCAUGGAACCCCUAGCUGCUGCCGCCCGCGAGCUGCUCUUGGUUGCGCUGGAGGACCUGAGCCAGGAACAGCUGAAGCGCUUUUGCCACAAGCUGCGCGACGCGCCACUGGAUGGCCGCAGCAUCCCUCGGGGGCGGCUGGAGGGCUCGGACGCUGUGGACCUUGCAGAGCAGCUGAUCCAUUUCUACGGGCCGCAGCUCGCACUAGAGGUGGCGCGAAAGACCCUGAAAAGGGCAGACGUGCGCGACGUGGCGGCACAGCUCAAGGAGCAACAGCUGCAGAGGCUCGGCCCCAGAUCCUCAGCGCUGCUCUCCGCGUCCGAGUACAAGAAGAAAUACCGAGAGCACGUGCUGCGGCAGCACGCCAAGGUGAAGGAGAGGAACGCCCGCUCGGUGAAAAUCAGCAAGCGCUUCACCAAGGUGCUCAUUGCGCCCGAGACUCUGGAGCACCGGACUCUGGGGCCGGCGGAGGAGCUGGAGCCAGAGCGCGCUCGACGCUCAGACACUCACACCUUCAACCGCCUCUUCGGCCGCGACGCGGAGGGCCAGAGACCUCUGACCGUGGUGCUGCAGGGCCCGGCGGGCAUCGGCAAGACCAUGGCCGCUAAGAAAAUCCUGUACGACUGGGCGGCGGGCAAGCUGUACCACGGCCAGGUGGACUUCGCCUUCUUCAUGCCGUGCCGCGAGCUUCUAGAGCGAUCGGGCACGUGCAGCCUGGCCGACCUGAUCUUGGAACAGUGCACCGACCGCAGCGCGCCGGUGCCGCAGAUACUAGCGCAGGCCGAGCGGCUGCUUUUCAUUCUGGACGGUGUGGAGGAACUGCCGGCGCCGGGGCCCUCUGAGGCCGUGCCCUGCACAGACCCCCUGGAGGCCGCCAGCGGCGCGCGGGUACUGGGCGGCCUGCUGAGCAAGGUGCUGCUGCCCGCAGCCCGCCUGCUGGUGACCACGCGCGCUGCCGCCCCCGGGAGGCUGCAGGGUCGCCUGUGCUCCCCGCAGUGCGCCGAGGUGUGCGGCUUCUCGGACAAGGACAAGAAAAAGUACUUCUACAAGUUCUUUCGCGACGAGCGGCGGGCAGAGCAAGCCUACCGCUUCGUGAAGGAGAACGAGACGCUGUUCUCUCUGUGCUUCGUGCCCUUCGUGUGCUGGAUCGUGUGCACCGUUCUGCGCCAGCAGCUGGAGCUCGGCCAGGACCUGUCGCGCACCUCCAAGACCACCACGGCCGUGUACCUGCUUUUCGUCGCCAGCUUCCUGAGCUCGGCGCCCGCGGCCGACGGGCCCCAGCUGCAGGACGAGCUGCGCAAGCUGUGCCGCCUGGCCUGCGAAGGCGUCCUCGGGCGCAGGGCGCAAUUCUCCCAGAAGGACUUGGAAGGACUGGAGCUUCUCCACUCCCAAGUCCAGACGCCGUUUCUCAGCAAGAAGGAGCUGCCAGGCGUGCUGGAGACCGAGGUCACCUACCAGUUCAUCGACCAGAGCUUCCAGGAAUUCUUCGCGGCGCUGUCCUACCUGCUGGAAGACGAAGGCUCUCCCAGGGCACCCGCUGGCGGCGUAGGUGCACUUCUGCGGGGGGACGCGGAGCUGCGCUGCCACCUCGCGCUCACUACGCGCUUCCUCUUCGGACUGCUGAGUGCCGAGAGGAUGCGCGACAUCGAGCGCCACCUAGGCUGCUCAGUUUCCAAGCGCGUGAAGCAGGAUGUCCUGAGGUGGGUGCAGGAACAGGGCCAGGGCUGCCCUAGGGCGGGGCCAGAAGGGACCAAAGAGACCCAAGCGCUCCAGGGAGCUGAGGAGCCAGAGGAGGAGGAGGAGGACGAGGAACUCAGCUACCCGCUGGAACUGCUCUACCGCCUAUACGAGACGCAGGAGGAAGCCUUUGUGCGCCAGGCCCUGCGGGGCCUCCCGGAGCUUGCCCUGGAGCAAGUGCACUUCAGCAGAAUGGACCUGGCAGUCCUGAGCUACUGUAUUCGGUGCUGCCCGGUGGGACAGGCACUGCGGCUGGACAGCUGCAGACUGGCCAUUAGACAAGAGAAGAAAAAGAAGAGCCUGGUGAAGCGGCUGCAGGGCAGCCUAGGCGGCAGCGCUAGCUCUCGAGCCACUGUGAGCAAACCCCUGGGCUCCCCUCUCCGUCCACUCUGCGAGGCCAUGGUAGACCAGCAGUGCGGUCUGAGCAGCCUGACGCUGUCCCACUGCAAACUCCCUGACUCCGUCUGCGGAGACCUCUCUGAGGCCCUGAGGAAGGCCCCCGCCCUGACGGAGCUGGGCCUCCUCCACAACGGGCUUAACGAGGCCGGCCUGCGUGCGCUGAGCGAGGGCCUGGCCUGGCCGGAGUGCCAGGUGCAGACACUCAGGAUGCAGCAGCCUGGCCUCCAAGGAGUGCCCCAGUACGUGGCUGGCCUGCUCCAGCACAGCCCAGCCCUGGCCACCCUGGAUCUCAGUGGCUGCCAGCUGUCAGAGCGCAUGGUGACCUACUUGUGUGCUGCCCUACGGUACCCAGGAUGCCGCCUGCAAACCCUCAGGCUAACCUCCGUGGAGCUGAGCGAGCGGUCACUGCAGGAGCUGCGGGCUGUGGGGACAGCCAGGCCGGGACUGGUCAUCACACACGAAGCACUGGGCAGCCGCCCCAAGCCUCCCGAAGGAUUCGACAGUGCCCUCUGAGGCCCCGAAGGCCAGAACCUGGGAGGGCUCCAUUCGGCCCAGUGGAGGAGCCUUCCCGUGCUUGGGGCCAGAGGAAGCUGCCCUGCUCUGGGCAACUCUCUUGAGCCUGAGGGGCCCUGGACAGGCAGGAGGACACCCUGACAGAUAAGGCCCCUCCCUGGUUCUGGACAGGCCCUGGGACACAGCCUGCCCUCACACUCUGGGGCCAGGUCCCGUCUCCGUCUUCCACUCCUGGGAACUCCUCCUCCCUUAACCCCACUGCUGCUCCCCCCACCUUCCUCUCCUGGGACCCUUCGGCCCCCUCAGUGCAGGCGCUCCCUGCACCCCCAGCAACUGGAGUGAUGCUGAGAGCUCCCAGGAACUGAGCGCCUACCGCGUGUUGGCCUUUGCCUGGGGACUUAGCCCAGAAUGACCCAUUCAUCUAGUCUGUCCCCAUCCGUGGCCCCACAGCGGCUCCCGGCCCUGGUUGAUCAGGCAGGGGCUGACCGUUGACUGAAGGUAGGCAGCUCACCGUCCUCCUCAGGAAUUUCGGUCUUGGCGUUCGGAGCAAGGCCACCACGAGGCUGUGUAGUCCAAGCCCAGAGAUGUCCACUCACUGUCUGAGGGCUUCAGGAAGAGAGACCAGAGGCGAGUGGAGAUGGAGCAGUGGCCCCUGGUUCUGGAUGGGGGCUAUGAUGGCACAGGUGGUGGGCAGCGCCCCAUGCACUGAUAAUAAACUCUUCUCCAGAUUCA